AUGCUGUCCGAUCCACCGACAAGCCUUCACUCGAGGCAGAGGCAACACCGCCGCCAGAAUUCGACACCCUCUGCCUUUGAGGGAGUGAAGGUCCAGAACCUGCCCACCAUCAACCGACGACAAGCCGCGGCCCAUCGCCGCGGUCUCAGCCUCGACACCCGACGCUUCCAGCAGAUGACAUCACCGACAACAGCAAGGCAGGACACCAUGCAUCCAGUACUGCGAGAAGCGCAGCAGCAACGCACACAAGCACGCCCGGGCCAGCAACCCAGUCAGAAUCCCUAUCUCGCCAUGAGGCAUAGUGAUACUGAGCAUUUUAUGAUUUCCCCCAACCAAACCCCUCACAGCCAAAGAUUCGAUCAGUCAUGUUUUGAACAGAGCACCGCUCCCUUUGAUACCUAUGGAGGCCAGCUGAACAUGAUGAUGCAGAGAAACCAAGGGAGUUAUGGUAACAACUUGUCAAGCGCCAAGGAUUUUGACCUCUUCACCGCCGAAAACAACCAGCCCAUGCCCUCGUAUGACAACAUUCCUCAGAGCCCUAGCCAGGCUUGGAUGACAGAUGGAGGUAAUGCAACUAUCCGUCGCUCAGCUCGCCGAAUCAGCGACGGCAUCAUGGGCCGUGUUGCAAUUUUUGAGACCAUGAACGGUGAAGAGACUCAGGUUCCUUCAACGCCCCCCAGUCAAAAUGGAAAUUCUUAUUUUCCACCCACCCCCGUGGACACUCCUCACAACCGAGCUGCCAAGCAAGAAGCUCGCCCGGCCAGGUUCUCCGAUAGCUAUGAUGACAGUAUGGAGGUCACUGUCAAGCCCACACGAGCCAGAGGUCAGCCUCGCGCCCAAGAUGUAUUCCAAGAGAUGCGUCAGCAAGCCGAGAUGACCAGUACUGCGCCCAGCCCUCCACGUUCCACGCCCCUCCCCAACACCAAGACCUUCAAUGGCAUGGUAAUGCAGACACCCGACUUCAUGAACAUGAACUCGUUCAAAAAUGAGUUUAUGAAGAUGGAGGCAUUCGACACGCUCUCAUGUGAUGGUGACUUCCUCUCUACUGAUGAGUUCUCUCAGCACCCAACUCCAGAGACUCAGCACAUGGGCAGCUUUGCCAAUGGAUAUGAUAGCCAAUCCGAAUAUCAACACUAUGAGGAACCCGCUGCGGCGCACAGCCAAAAGAGAUCCAUGCACCGCCGCACCGAGUCCCUUGCCAGCAUCGCCAGUGCCGCCAGCAUUGCCAGCAUCAACAUUGAAGAGACCAAGACCGACACCGGAGUGACGUCGGAAGAGAUUACCCAAUUCAUCCAGAGCCCCGAUACUAGCGAUGGCAAAUGGGUUUGCCUAUUCGAGGAGUGCGGCAAGGAGUUUGGUCGCAAGGAGAACAUCAAGUCACAUGUCCAGACCCAUCUCAACGACCGCCAGUACCAGUGCCCUACAUGCAAUAAGUGUUUUGUCCGUCAGCAUGAUCUCAAGCGCCACGCCAAGAUCCACACUGGCAUCAAGCCUUACCCUUGCGAGUGUGGCAACAGCUUCGCUCGCCAUGAUGCUCUGACGAGACACCGCCAACGUGGCAUGUGCAUUGGUGCUUUUGAUGGUGUCGUACGGAAGGUUGUUAAGCGUGGCCGUCCCAAGAAGAACAGACCAGACAUGGAAACGCGUAUGGAGAAGUCGGCCAGAACUAGGAGAAAGAACAACAUGUCUGUUAGCUCCAUGUCUUCCUUCUCUGGUCACUCGGACAGCUCGGUCGCCAACUCCCCCGAGGCCGACUUCAACCUGAAUGACGAGGUCAUGGAUAUGGGCCCCAUCAACUCCUCCAUGCAAAGCAUGGCCGCCCUUUCCUCUGCCCCCAUGCCCACGAUGGUGAGCCGCCGCGCCGCAGACAUGGCCCCCUCUCCCUCUGCGGCCAGUGCGCACUCAUACGUCUCUCCCGAAGCCAUCAUGGACAAGGAGCCCGUGUCUCCUGCCAAAAGUGCCGCCAGUCACUACAACACGCCCCCCUCGCUGACGCAGUCGUCCUCGCCGCCACCAGCCGCUCUCUUCGCCGUGGACCGCAACACCCCCAUUGGCGCAGAAGAGCUGUCUGGCAUGCUUCCAGGAAACUCCAUGAUCGACUCAGCAGCGGGCAACAGCACCCUGCCAAUGAACAUUGGCCAGCAAGAAGAAGACAUUAUGCUGCAAUUUACCAACGACGACGGUCUCGUUCAGCUCGAUCGUGAUCCCAGCAUGUUGAUGAUGAGCAAGUUUGACGAUGAAGAGUUUAACAUGUUCACGAAUGAUGAUGAGCUUUUCUUCGGCACCUCAUGA